CUCGAUACUGCGGCCCCUGGAUGUUGUUAAACAGAGUUGACAGAACGCCACGAUUCUUUAUGGAAUCUCGGGAAUUUCGACAAAUAUCAAUUUCGGUUGUGUAUUAUAGCAGAUCCUACAAAACACGAUAUCUCAUGCCAAUCAGCUGAUAGUUUCGACAGUGAAAUUGACAUACAUGCAUGUCACUGUAUUCCCUUCAGCUUGAUACACAUUCCGCUGUUAAAAUUUAGAUACGACUAUGAGAGGUAAAAAGGAGAAAGUCAAGAGGUCUGGUCCUCCACCAAUAAAACCUGGGCAUGAGUACAUCAAUCCGGGCCAAGACGAUCAGAUGGAAAUCAUCGGAUACUACCCAAACACCCUGAAGACAGUGAUAGUAUGGGUCCUUGUCGCAGUUACGGCAGGCGUUCUACGACUUUUCUUCUACUGGUUUCCGCAUUUGAUGAUAAAGUGUUCCCACACGCGGUGUGACCUACAGCAUGCUAAUGUUGUUAUUCUGAAGGAUAUUUAUAAACAAUGGUUUGUCUCUCAGGUCAAGGUUGUUGAAGACGAGCCACAACAUAACUCAUGGAGAAAGAAGGAGAAAGAACCUUCUGUAGCUGGUCUUGGUUACAAGAAAUCAACAUCUGUUAGCGAGAGUAUGACGCCCCUAACGUCGGUAGGGUGUAACUCGUUAACUGUUAACUUUUCGAGAUUUUUCAUAACCAAAAAAGAAAAAUACAUCUGGAAUGAUGAGACGAACGUUUUCCAGAAAAUGAAAGGACUGGAGGAUAACACUAGCUGUGCCUUGUUUUAUAAAUUUGAGGGUUUGUCUAGAGACCAACAACAAGAAAGACGUAAUCAAUUCGGAGUUAAUUCCAUUCCUGUCCAUGUUUCACCUGUGAUUGAGAUCCUUUUAAAACAGGUUAUGUCACCGUUCUACAUCUUCCAAAUGUUUUCUUGCGGCCUGUGGCUGUCGGACCAAUACUAUUACUAUACAGCCAGCCUUCUAGUCAUCAAUUUCUUCUCCAUUGCCAGCUUCAUUUAUCAGACAAGAAAGAUGCAGAGAGCCUUACGUGAUACGAUCGCCAUGUCUACUGUGGUAUCCGUAUGUCGGGGUGGUCAAGCGUAUGAGGAAAUAUCCUCAGAGGAUCUCGUCCCCGGUGACGUCAUAGAGAUUCCAAGACGAGGCUUCAUGAUGCAAUGUGACGCAGUCCUCAUAUCGGGGAAUUGUAUCGUCAACGAAAGUAUGCUGACAGGUGAGAGUGUGCCAAUGACGAAAACUCCUCUACCCCGAAAUAACGACGAGGAUAUAUUUAACAUGUAUAUCAAUGUUGAAGGUGAGAGUGUACCUAUGACGAAAACUCCUCUACCCCGAAAUAACGACGAGGAUAUAUUUAACAUCAAGGAGCACGCACGUCAUGUCCUGUUCUGUGGUACCAAGGUCAUACAGACUCAGCAGCAAGGUCACGACAAGGUCAAAGCCAUUGUUGUCCGCACAGGCUUCAGUACAACCAAAGGUGGCCUCGUCAGGUCUAUACUCUACCCUAAGCCUGUUGACUUCAAGUUCCAGAGAGAUAGCUAUAUCUUUAUCGGCUUACUGGCAGUUAUAGGUAUAACGGGGUUUACCUAUACCAUGAUUCUUAUGAUACAGCGUGGUUCAACGGUGAAAGAAGUAAUUAUCAGAUCCUUGGAUGUUGUGACAACUGCAGUGCCGGCUGCCCUGCCCUUGGCUCUGACGAUUGGUGUGGUGUUCGCCCAGAGUCGUCUUAAACACCGUAAUAUCUACUGCAUCAGUCCUAAUUGUAUCAACGUCAGCGGCACCAUCAAUGUGUUUUGUUUCGAUAAGACAGGAACCCUUACAGAAGAUGGUCUCAAGCUUCAGGGAGUGGUCCCGGUAUCAGCGAAUAGAUUUCUAUCUGAAACCGAGUCAGUAAAUGAUUUGAUGGGAAGCUUCUUGUUCAACGCCAUGGCUUCGUGCCAUUCCUUAACAGUGAUCGAAGGGGAGACAACUGGGGAUCCGCUAGAUCUGAUUAUGUUUGAAGCCACAGACAGUCGCCUUACUGAAUCAGAUGGAUCUUAUAGUCAGUUUGCCUUACCUGUAUCGGCCGUAGUCAAUCUACCAACAUCACAGAAAGGAGAUACUGACAUGUUGGGGAUUGUGCGACAGUUUACAUUCACUUCAAACCUACAGCGGAUGUCUGUUAUUGUCAGUGACGUAAAGAAAGGAAACUUAACACUGUAUUGUAAAGGAGCUCCGGAGAUGAUAGCGUCGUUAUCAAAACCAGAAUCAGUUCCUCCUGAUUUCCACGACGUUUUGGAAAGCUACACUAAACAUGGUUUCCGUGUGCUAGCUUUAGGAGGAAAAGACUUGGGGAAUCAAAUAAGGGCGGAUCAGGUGCAAAAAGUGGCACGGGGAGAUAUGGAGAAAGACUUGAAUUUCCUUGGUCUUUUAGUAAUGGAAAACCGCCUUAAGGGGGAGACAACUCCCGUUAUUCACCAGCUUAGAGAUGCUGACAUAAAGACAGUCAUGGUUACAGGUGACAAUAUCCUGACAGCCCUGUCAGUUGCUGAGGAAUGUGGAAUGGUUGAUGUAACUGAUGACGUCAUUCUUGUGCAGGGUCAUGAACCCGGAAAUGAUUCAAAUAAAGCACACCUGGAUUAUACAUAUGUCAAUAGUGAAAGGGUUGACACAAAACCUAUUUCUAAAGAGAGGAAGCUAAAGUUUGCUCUCGAUGGAAAGACAUGGGCCGUUAUACGCCAGCACUUCCCCGAUGUCCUUCCCAAAAUUGUUCUGAAGGGAGUUGUGUUUGCCAGGAUGUCUCCGGAACAGAAAGCACAGCUGAUCGAAUCUCUGCAGGAUCUUGGGUACUAUGUGGGGAUGUGUGGUGACGGAGCCAAUGACUGUGGAGCCCUGAAGACAGCCCAUGCUGGUAUAUCUCUGUCAGAGGCGGAGGCGUCUGUCGCUUCUCCCUUCACAUCCAAAACACCCAACAUUGAAUGUGUGCCUACCCUUAUUAGGGAGGGGAGGGCAGCCUUGGUGACGUCAUUUGGUAUAUUCAAGUUUAUGGCAUGCUACAGUCUCACUGAAUUUACCUCCAUGUGUAUCCUGUACUGGGUGUCCCAAAACAUGUCAGAUUUUGAGUUCCUUUACGUGGAUAUGUUUUUAUUAACAACUUUGGCUGUUACUUUUGGAAGGACAUCAGGAUAUGAUUAUCUCGUGAAGAAGCCACCCAUUAUAAACCUGUUCAGCAUUGGCCCUGUGCUCUCAUUACUUACAUUAGUGGGUGUCCAGAUAUGUUUUCAAGUCUUCUGCUUCCUCCAUGUUGUACGACAGGACUGGUAUGUGCCGCUGGUGAGUAGAUGGGAAUAUGACUACAUCAGUUACCAGAACAACGCCGUGUAUUUGAUGUCGUGUUACCAAUACAUCGUCCUCGCCAUAGCUUUGUCAAGGGGAGAACCGUAUAGAAGAUCUAUCUUUACAAAUCACUUGUUCUUGUUAAACAUCCUGAUGUGUACGUCGGUGACAAUAUGGCUGACGAUGUAUCCAGGAGAAGGAGCAAUCAAGUUUUUUGAGCUGAAGCCGUUUCCAUCAGUUCCCUACAGAUUAAUGUAUGUAGGUCUGGCGUUGAUGGAUUUCUUCAUUUGUCUUAUGCUGGAGGACUAUGUUCUCAGUCAGACGCUAAUCAGCUACAAACUUCAGGAGAAGAUUGAAGAUUGUCUGAUUGGCUCUCGCCACACCUACGAUUUACUUGAGGAGGAAAUGAUGCAUGAUGAUUGGCCUUUAAUUAAUCAUGAACAACCAAUUAUAUCAGCUAAAAAUAAGCCACAUACCAAAGCUUUAGACUUAAGUAUGUCAAUCCAGAACGAGACAAACGGAUGUGAUAGGAGACAAAAUGUGGAUGGUUAUAUUAAGAAUUUCAAUGACAAAUUUUGAUAUGUAUGGGUAUUUACAAAUUUUGAUAUGUAUGGUUAUUUACAAAUGUUUUAUAUUGUAUUUACACAGAAAUAGCAAAUACUGUUACUUACAUGCUAAGUAAAUUGUAGUUGCAUAUGAAUCAAAACGAAUUUCCAGGUUUGUACAACCAUUCCUUGUUUAUAUAUAUCUAUAUAUAUCUAUAUAUAAACACUGCGGCCAAGGCUAAAACGUAAGGGAACACAACAACUAGGUGUAUCUGGUAUGAGGCUCGGUAAAACAGACGGCUAUGUUCAAUUAUAUUAAAGUAUCGUUAAACUGGCUAUAAAACAAUUUUAUAUAAUGUUACAAAUCACGAAUUAAAUAUCCCUUCAGAUU